AUGUAUAUGCUACUUCGGCUGCUUCAUCUGAGGCACCUAUCGACCACUCAGACAGCACCCCAGCAGCUGUCCAUAGCAGCUGUACAAGGUGCCAUACGGCAGCAACAGCAACUGCAGCAGUAUUUGCUCGGUCCUGAUGUGAAAUUCGCGGAAAUUGCACACUCACAGGGUAUCACUGCAGCACCUGGUGCCACAGCACAAGCGGACUUAGAGAGAUGGCAGGAGCGGGAACAUGUGACACUGCUGGGCAACGUCACAAAAGUCCUCAAGGCGAAGGCACAUGCAUUCCCCUCCUGUGCCCCAUCCAUGUACUCGGUAUCCAGCCCAGGAAAACGCGGCAUGGCAGCACCACCGGUAGCAGAGCCCAAGUCAAGCCGCGCCAAUGCACCCACUGCAGUGCAGCCCCCACCGUUGCUGCAUGACAGCACGGCCCCCACUGGGCCCAUGCAUGGCACAGACGAGGUGUCCUUCCUCACCACCCACGCCACAACACCUCACUGA